AAUGUCGUCGUGAUAUUUAUUAUUUUUUGUCAAAAUCAUGUACGGUAAAAAUCAGAUAAACGAAAGUGGAAGUUAAUCAUUUUAAUUGAUAAAAUUCUCUUUUAUAUCUAUUGCGAUUGUAGAAAGUAUUUUGAAUGGUCAUAUGUAUUGAUAAUAAAAAUAAACAUUCCGUUAGUUUUGGGGAAGGACUUGCGAAAUAAUUUUGUUGUGAUCCUGUGAGAUAAUGUUACUGUUUUGAAUGUGUUAUUUCGGAUGUUUUAGCGUAAAGUGUCUUAAAUCUAAGAAUUUAAAGGAUAGGUGGGAAGUAGGUCGUAUGAGACAAAGUGGCGUAAACAAAGUGAGCCGGUGCAUCGUAUGUUCUAGAUUUUAGUGGCACGAUAUGGGUUUAUGUGAGGGUCAUUAGGGACGAUGGAGCGGUUGUCUCAUGACCUCAACCUGGCUCUGGAGGAGAGUAACUGCGGCAGACAGGAGCGGAGGAAGCUAGGCUUCCGUCGACGCACCAGAUCUGCCGGAAACCUACCAGCUGCAGUGGCAGUGAGCCUAGUUGAAGAUGGAAGCUCCAGUAGUCCGCCUCAGGCCCCUCUCAUCACACAGCCGCUAUCAGACUCAGAUGACCCACACCUCAGCCUGCACAAAUCCAGCCUCAAAUCCCGACAUUAUUGCCAAAUUGGAAAUUUUGAGUCCGAUUCCUUCAAUGAGAACUUCUCCCCAACAAGACCAGCCAAUGCUAGGAGGAAACGCAAAUAUAAGAAGAUGCCUGUAGAGUAUACCGAUGGGAAACGGUCACCACCAGUUGAGAUUCUUAGUGUGACUACCGAGCCCAAUGCACUACCUGCUACAAUAAUACUCCAGAGGCCAGUGUUGACCCCGGGAAUUCAUGUAACAAAGCACAAGACUCUCACUAAACCUGAAAGCUGCUUUUUCAGAAACGCCUUCUGUGGUAAAAGAAAAUGGUCGCACCGGGAUAAAGGCGAUGGAUGCGAAAUGAGAGAGAGAUCCUUCAGUGGUGGAUGUUCUUCAAAGUCUGCUUACUUCUCGAAAAACGACUUUAAGUCAAGGAAAUAUGACACAGACAUUCCUAAGAAGGAGCCUGUGCUUCAGCCUGGCAAAAUUAUACUCAAGUCUCAGAAUGCAGAAGGUACAAAACCGACCACACCCACAAACACUCCAUCUUUACCGGGAAGUUCCAGUUUCAAUUUUGUUUACAAAAAUUCUUCCAAAAAUGGUACUCCAACAUUAUCAAAACUGACAGGGUAUAAAAUAACGACAGAUCUUCCGCCUUUCUUUAACCCUACAACUAGUACGGGAAAGAACAGUUUCGACGGGAAAUAUCAUAGAAAGUUUAAAAUGUUGAACAAAUCACACCCACCUUCCCUGAGAAACCCGCUGAUGUUCGAUGAUUCCAACAGUGGAAUGGAUUGUGCAGGGAAUGAAUCAAGCUCCCUGAGUAGUAGCGAUUCCGAUGGCGUGGUUACCAACGACAGUGAUAGGGAAGGAGACGAUGAGCUCACCGACUGGCCCGGCAUCGAAGAACUGAAAGUCUUUAACAAAAGCCUUACGUUCAAAACUUCUAAAUCAGUGAACAAUAAUUCUCCAAAGUCCGCCAGCAACAUGCCACCACCGAAACGUUUGAAAAAGGAAAAAUUAUUAGUCAAAAGUGGGUGGGCUAGCUGCAAGAACAGGUUCAAGAAGAAAAGAGCUAAAGUGGAUUCGGGGAACGAUGACGACGCAAUGAUGUCUGAUUCUAAAACUGUUGUUGAUUUAGAAGACGAACCUAUCUCGAAAGAAAAUAGAGACAUUCUUCAGCCGCAUUCCUCUUUCAGCAGCUUUAGUGACAUAAAAAACGCUGGUGUGUCUGGUCAGAACGCGAAUGAGUCGUUUUUUCAGUCCUUUCAGGCCUUUCAAGAGAAAUCGGCUCAGCAGGAUGAAUCGUUUAACCAGACGCCGCGCACGAAUUUUUCGCUACAGAAAACAUCGUCCAGUGAUUUGAAUUUGAGUGAGAAGUCGCCACAGAGCGACCACUACUACAGUGAACAUUCAAUGGGGAAUGCUGUAGUGACAGAAGUGAGGGAAAUCAGAGCUGGAUGUCGCAGGAUACGGGAUGAAAGACCAGGUUUCUUAAUUCUAAGUGCUGCUAACGAACAGCUUUCGAAAUUCCUGCAAGAUUCUUGCCAAACUGAAUUGAAAUUGCCAAGUCUCAAUGAUCCUGAAGAAAAGGAGAAAUUGGAGUCACUAGCUAAGCUCUAUUCUUUGGAAUUGCAAGUGGAAAUGGGUCGGCCGGUCCUGAGGAAAACCAGCAACACAAUGCAGGCGAUUCGCGUCGAACAUUCCUACCACAAUUUUCCUUCAGACCAUAAACGCCGUUGCUAUGGUGACGACACAGAUACUAGCUUGUCUUUGAGCGACCAAAAUUCCGUGAACUCUAUCAACGACCUCGAAGAUACGCAGGACGUACCGGAGAGACUCUGCGACAUGGCUCAACAGGAUCUGGUAGAUACAUUCUCAAAUUCAUUAGUUGAUAAGUCGCAUUUACACCCCGGCGAAAUAGAUUGAUUCUAAGACGUCUACUUCAACCAUGGGCUUGAAAUAAAGUAUUCUUUACGUGUUUAUGAUAAAAUCGCUUCAAGAUAAACUUAUUUAAAAUUGGAUAUUAAUAGGUCUAUUCUCAAAUCGAAUGAGACAUCGCCUAAAUUAUUUACCUAUUUAUAUUGUGCCUAAAUUAAUGAAUUAUGCGCAAAGGUUUAUUCAUGAUGAACGUCGACAAUAUAAUGUAAAGUGCAUGUAUUUAGAAAGUAUCACGGUACAGGUGUAUUUAAAACUAUGUCAUAUUCAAAUUUAAAAAUGUGAUUCGGAAAUAUAUAGAUCUAUGUAACCAUGCAGAGCGUGGAUAACUAUAAAAUACGUAUAUGUACGUCCGAAUACUGAGAGGCUACUCAAUAGGGUAGAUGCCUAAUUUUUAUUUUAAUGUUCGUCUGAUAGAUUAUUUUAAAACAUUACACACGUAU